AUUUUCUCUCAAUCAACAAUAAACUAUUUUUUUAUAAUUUUCUUUUUAAUUGUUGUUGAUUUGAUUUGUUUUUUUGUUCUAUUCUCAUCUCCAAUCUUCAUCAUCUUCUUACAGUAUGAAGCUUGUUUUCUUCCCAAUGGAUGGGCAUGGACAUGUUAACUCUUGUAUUGGUUUAGCUCGAAUGCUUCGUGAUCAAGGUCAUGAAUCGGUUUUCGUUGUUCCUUCAAAUUGGUCAGUUCUCAUUACUGGUCAUUCGUUUUCGAUUGAACCAAUUGUCGAUCCAACUUGUGGUGAUGUCGAUCCAUUGGAUAGAUGGGCUGGAAUGGUUCGUGCUCUUGGCCCAUCGUUUGCCAAAAGUCCUUCAGAUCAAAUCAUCGAUCUACUUGCUACUGAUACCAAAGAAUUUACUGAUUAUGCCAAAAGGAUCGACGAUCAAGUAGCAAAGGCAAUUGAGAAGGUUAAUCCUGAUCUAAUUAUCAUCGAUUUUUAUGUAACUGUUCCAUCCGUAACUCGAUCAGGUAAACCAUGGGUUCUCCUCUAUUCAGCUAAUCCACUUUUCGCUUACGAAUCUCCAAAUAAUCCCCCAAGAUACUCUGGAUUAGGAGCUUCUGAUGAUCCUAAAUUGUUCCAACAAUUUAGACAACUGGUUAAACAACAACUAACUGAAGUUAAAGCUGAUUUCGACUUAUUCCUCAAAAGUAAAGGAUUAACACCUCAUGAAACUGAAUUAGUUUCACCUUCACCAUAUCUUAAUCUCUACUCUUAUCCAGAAGAUUUGGAUUAUAGUGAAUUGGGUCCAGUUCCCGAUAAAUGGUUUCGACUUGAUCAUAUGGUGAGAGAAGCCGAAGGAGGACCAAUUGGUUUCGAUGAAUCUUUUUUCAAUACCAAUGAAAAGAUCAUUUUAUUCAGUUUAGGAUCAAUGGGAAGUGCGAAUGUCACUUUGAUGAAUCAAUUGAUUGGUUUCAUGGGUGAAUCGAAACAUCGUUUCAUUGUAUCCAAAGGUCCAUUUCAUGAGGAGAUAAAAUUAUAUGAUAAUAUGAUCGGUGGAAGAUAUUUGAAUCAAAUUAAAAUUCUUCCAAAGGUUGACCUCGUUUUAACCCAUGGAGGUAACAAUACAUUCAUUGAGACUCUUUACUUUGGUAAACCUCUUAUAGUAUAAGUAAUAAUAUUGUUU